AUGAGUAUGAUGUUGAAUAGAAUAAAAAAUAGUGGUAACUCUAUCUAUUACCAAUCAAGAAAGAGUUUUUGUCAAUUACAUAACUACUAUCAAUAUAGUUCUUCGUCAUCAUCAUCAUCUACAACCAACGACAAUAACAACAACAACAUUCAAGACAACAAUACACAUACAUUAAACGAUCUAUCUUCCAAUCCAAAAUCUGAUAAAAAUGAUAAUAUAGCUUCAAUUUUUACUAGAUUAUUUGGUAAAACCAAUGAAGAUCCAAAGAUAAACCCAACAGUCGAUCCAAAGUCAAUCGAUCAAGAGGAAUUACAAACAAAGAAACAACAGAACCCACAACGUAAACAAGUUCAAGCUCAAUUCUAUUCGGUAUUCUCUGAGGAUGCAAAGAACAAACAAGAUGAAGAACAAACAAUAGCAGCAGCAGAAGCAACAGAAGCAAAAGUACAACCAAAGAGAGAGAAGAAAUCACUCUUUGGUAUCGAUGUCGACAAUGAAAUCGACGACCAAUUUAUCAACGAUCUAAAAGAAUCACAUCCGACUCCAUUCGACGUAGACUCAUCUGUUUUCAAACAACAUCGAUCCAAACAAGAACCAACCAAACCAAUAUUCCCACUUGUAGAUCUCAGCAUAAAUGAAAAUAACAACACUGGCAACACCAACUACAGUAAUAAUAAGAGAAAGAUAUCAUUCAAAGAGGAAACAGAUUUAGAUCAAGAAAUAGAUAGAAAAUCAACAGUACAAUCAUCAUCAUCAUCAUUUAGAGAAAAUAAUAGUCGUUUCGAAUCAGAUAUGACUGUGGAAUUAGAUGAACUUCCAAUGUCAGACUACACCAAUUUGGUACAAGAGUAUCAUACGAUGUUGGAGCAAUGCAAAGUUUCAGGUGCAGCACCACAAUUCAAACAACUUAAUUUUAUGAUUGAAAACGUUCCACUGGAUAUGGAGGAGAUGGACAUGAACGAAGUGCUUCAAAAGAACUUUGCCUAUCCGAUCGACGAUCUCUACUGCGAGUUCAUUCACGAUCACUCACUCAAAGGCGAUAUCCUCUCGAUGCUGGUGGUUCUUCGCUACCACACUAACCGUGUCGGUCAAGACAUGGAUCAAAUCUUAGAGAAAAUCAACGAGUCCGUCGAGAAACCUGCAUCCGUCGAGGAAAUGGAUGAGAAACAAAGAUUGAUCGAUGCAGAUUCAUCACCAGAGACUAUUUAUGAGAAAUUCAAACUUUACGGUAUUAUUUGUAAGGGUGUAAGAUACAAGACAGUUUCACCGAAAUCGAUGAUGACUUUGAAAGUCAGUCGUAUUCCAGUGUCGGUCAAUGAAGAGCUAUUGAGAAGUCAUUUGGAGGAUAGAGUAUCGACACUCGCAAACAAUCCAUACAAGAUUCUUUUCAUAAAGAAUUUGAAGAAUGCACACGUCGAAGAUAAUUCGGCACACUCUGGCAGCUGCUAUAUCAACUUUAGUAGUCAUCUCGAUGCUCUACAGGCAUUCGCUGGUUUGCAUAGCAUCAGCUACGAUAGAAAAACAUUGGUUGCCAAGUGGAGCAGAAAGAUCUUCAGUGACGGUUCCGAUUCGUCCAACCUCCAAACUAAGCUCGCCAGUGCCAAAGCCAAGAACUUCAAAGAGCUUGCAAUGUUGAAAAAAGUCAUGGAUCUAAGUGCCGAGAAUGAACUUCUCAAGAGUCAAUUGGAGGCUAAAUCAGCUAGAUCUACAAAACCAAAGCAAAGUUCCACAAGAAAGAGAAUUGUAGAGUCAACCAUUUAA